AUGCCUCGAACAUUACCAUGGCUUACAGGCGGCGCUAGCAAAGCCCAAGACGCGAAAGAUUCGCCGCGUCGACGUGAAGUGAAGCAGAAUGCGGCUUCAGACGAAACCCCAAAGGCAACCAAGGCGCCAUCGCGCUCUGAAAAGCGCGAUUUUUUUCGGUCGUCUAACGUUCAGACUACUGUUAGAUACCUGGUUGAAGGAUUCAACAACGAUGAUAUCUACAUGAUGGUCGAAGACGAAUUCUACGCGAUGGCGCAAACCUUCACGCAGCAUCUCCACUACGCCGAAUACGUGAAACGGAAAAAGGAGGCUAAGCUGCAGAACGCAGCCGCGAUCAAGGACCUCGCUCGACCCACCGAUGGAGUCACCCCCAUAAGCGAAGAGACUAAACGGAGGGAAGCGGCUGCGGCGCUCUCUGCGCGACAAAAGGCGGGCUUGGAGAAAGCCGAGGCAGAUCGUCCUCUCAACGGUUCUGAGGAGGGAGAGGAGGAUACAGAGGAUGAUGACGGGCUUGCUGGGACGUCGCUGGGAUACCUUAUGACGAGCCCGAGGAAGAUUCGAUCGCUGGUUGGGAUGCAGGGGAUCCAGUCGUCGACUAGAGCGGCUGCUGGGUAUGGUCGCGCAUCUGGCGAACAGAAGCAGAGUGCAGCUGGUGGCAACAAUGUGCGCACUUCGCCGUCAAAAGCCGCCGAAAAAGACGAACAUGCAGCAGACGAGACCGCUACGGAGGAUGACGACUUGGAUGGACAGACUAACGGAACUCCUACGCGGCCGAGGAUGCCUUCUACUGCAUCAAGUUCGAAACAAUCAGUCUCACGGACUCCGACGCCACAGUCUACCUACGUUGAUGUCAAAGAAGAACGACAGCCCGUGGACGUCAGCUACAGAACCCAACCAAUACCGAGAACCAAAAAAAGAGUGUUUUUCGACGACUUUGACGAGCUGCCGGAGCUGUCAGAAAUUACUCCGACGGGUGGUCGGUUCUCAUCGCCUAGCAGUAAUAAUACACCGAAGAAUCAGAAGGAGAAAGUUUCGAACUUGAAAAAAUCGCGCCUCAAUGAAGUCCCAACAUUCCUGCUUUGA